AUGUCCGGCGGCGACAACCCGUUGGCCUACGGUCGCUACUAUGGCGAGAGCGACAACACGCAGGGCGGAGAGCGCGGCCUGAGCGACAGUGCGAGAGGGCUUUUGUCUGACGGUUUGAAGAAGUUCAAGGGCCACUACAGCCAGGGCCAGCAGCAGCAGAACUACAACUACGGCGCCGGCACGGGACCGUCCCAGAGUGGAAGCUACGACCAGCAACAACCACAGCAACAGCAACAGCAACAGCAACAACCACAACAACAACAUCAAUACCAGCAACAGCCACAACAGUACCAAGAUCCCAACAGACCACCCCGACAAGACAAGCUGUCCGGCUUCCUCGGAAAGUUCCAGGACACUGUUUCGGACGUCGGCUCCCAGUUGGCCCAGAAAAUCGGCACCACACUCGACGCCGAUGGCUACUCGCAGUAUGGCUCCAGCAGUAACAACAACCCCAAUAACGCCCAACGCUUCAAGAGCUUCGCGCCACCGCGUGAAAACAACGACGUCAAAUGGCAUGUCGACGGCUUCUCCUACUUCUGGGCCGUGUCGCGCGCCCUGGAGAGCGCCAAAGAGUCGAUCUGGAUUCUAGACUGGUGGCUGUCUCCCGAGUUAUAUCUACGACGUCCGCCAGCAAAGAACGAGCAGUACCGCCUCGACCGCAUGUUGCAAGCCGCCGCCCAGCGAGGAGUCCGCGUCAACAUUAUAGUCUACAAGGAGGUUGAAAAGGCGCUCACCUUAAGCUCGGAGCACACCAAGCACAGCCUAGAAGCCCUGCAUCCAAACAUCUUGGUUUUCCGCCAUCCCGAUCAUCUGCCAGACACCAACGAAAUCAAAAACUCCCUCGCUGCGUCCUUUCAGAACCUGUCCUUUGACGGUGCCAGUCUGUCAAAGCUCCCAAGUGACACUGUCAAGGCAUUUUACGGCACAAAAGGCGACACUGUCCUGUUCUGGGCUCAUCACGAAAAGCUUUGCCUAAUCGAUGGCAAAAUUGCGUUCAUGGGCGGCCUCGACCUUUGCUUUGGGCGCUGGGAUACCAACCAACACGCCAUUGCUGACGUCCACGCAGCCGACCUGCGCGAAAUCGUGUUCCCGGGCCAGGACUACAACAAUGCCAGAGUCCUUGACUUUCAAGAUGUGUCGCACUGGGAGCAGAAUCAGCUAGACCGAAAAGCUACCGGUCGCAUGGGAUGGUCCGAUAUUUCCAUUAGUCUCAGGGGCCCUGCAGUCGAAGACUUGCGCAGACACUUUGUGGAUCGCUGGAACUACAUUUUCGAUACAAAGUACUAUGCUCGCAACGAAACGAAAUACCAAAAGCUGAGUCUCUAUCGGCAGUCUGGCUAUGGUAAUCAACCCGGCAACGCCCCUCCAGGAAAUGCCCCAGGAAAUGCUCCUCCAGGGGCUCCUGUACCCCCUGUCGCCGCAACGCAGCAGUCUCAACACCCACAGCCACCCAAUCAAGGCCAACUGAGCCAGGAUCCUCAUUGGCAGCAAUCUCAACACCCACAGUGGCAAGGUCAGCAGUCUACUGCACAACAGUCCUACCCUCCGCCUCCAAUCCAAGGUCAAAGCCAAGGACAGCAGCAGCAGCCACAGUGGCAGGGCCAGCAGGGUCAACAGUCUCCCGCUGCACAGAGCUAUCCUCCACCUCCAGGACAACAGCAGCAAUCUCAACAACCGCAAUGGCAGGGUCAACAACAGGGUCAGCAGUCUCCGGCCACACCAGGUUAUCCUCCACCUCCGGCAAGUCAGCCACAACAGCAGGAGCAGCCUCAAUGGCAAGGGCAAUCUUCGACUACUCAGAGCUACCCUCCGCCUCCAAGCCAAGGACAGCAGCAGCAACCGCAAUGGCAGGGCCAGCAGUCUCCGGCUACGCAGAGCUAUCCCCCGCCCCCAGACAGCCACGGACAGCAGCAACAGCAGUGGCAAGGUCAGCAGCACGAUUCUAGCACUAGCACCCCCCAAAGUGGACAAUACUUUCCUCCGCCGCCACCAGGACCACCUCCGUCUACCGGCACCGAGUAUACAAGUCAAGACCCCUCUCACCAAGGAUACGGUUCUAGUCAAUAUGGAUCACAUACUCAAACCCCAACUCAAGCCCCGUAUUUUGCUCCGCCGCCAACUCAAGGAACUCAAGAAUCGCAGCAAUCCCAGAGUCGAGGCGUAUAUGAAGAGGGAGAUCUUUCACGAGGCUACGGCAGCAAUCUGCCAGGCUAUAGCACCGAAUACCAAGGCAAUGGCAGAUCUACCUCCCAGAACUUCUUGACGGAUGUCCGCGGACUAGGCCACUCUCUGCGUGGCCAACUCGCUGGCCAGGUCCAUCAGUACCAGGACAAAUACAUAACCAAUCUCGGACGACCAGCCGGUACUCAGUUGUGUCAGGUUGUGCGAAGCUGCUCUCAGUGGAGUGCAGGCAUCCAGACAGAACACUCUAUUCAGGACGCCUACAUUGCGGCGAUCCACAACAGUCAGCAUUUCGUAUACAUUGAGAACCAAUUCUUCAUUACUGCUACAGGCGAUGACCAAAAGCCGGUCCAGAACAAAAUCGGUGCUGCUAUUGUGGAACGUGUUCUUCGUGCUGCCCGUGCCGGCCAGAAAUACAAGAUCAUCGUCGUCAUCCCCGCUGUCCCUGGGUUUGCAGGUGAUUUGCGAGAUGACUCGUCUCUAAGUACUCGGGCAAUCAUGGAGUUUCAAUACAAUUCAAUCAACAGAGGCGGACACAGUAUCAUGGAGCUUAUCGCUAAGGAGGGAUUUAACCCAAUGGAGUAUAUCCGGUUCUAUAACCUUCGCAACUACGACAGAAUCAACACCAACAGCACAAUGUUGCAGGCCGAGAAAGCUAGCGGCGUCAGCUAUGAAGACGCUCGUAGAUACCAUGACGUCGCCGAAGUUGGCUCCGGUGGCUAUGGGCCGGGAGCACCGGCAAAAGCAUUCGACACCACCCAGCCUUACGACCAAUAUCAAAAGGCGGCGACUGCGUACCCCUCUGCAACAUCUGGUCGCUGGGACUCGGUUAGCGAGUGCUACAUGCUUGGUGGCGAGGACAUUCGCAAAGUGCCAUGGGACAGUGAUCUUCCCGAAAUCGAUGCUUUUGUUAGCGAGGAACUCUAUGUUCACAGCAAGGUCCUGAUUUCGGAUGAUCGGAUUGCAAUUGUUGGUUCGGCUAACCUGAACGACCGAUCACAGCUCGGUAGCCACGAUUCAGAAAUCGCUCUUGUGAUCGAGGAUCCCACGCCUCUUGACUCGCAGAUGGAUGGUAAACAAUGGCAAGCUAGUAGAUUUGCCGCCUCUUUACGGCGAGAAUUGUCCCGCAAACACCUUGGUCUGCUCAAGCCUCAGGACUACACUCGGCCGAAUGCCAACUGCGAGCCAGUGGGCGUGCCAAACGAAGCGGACCUUAAUUCGCCCGAAAGUCAAGUGGUUGCCGAUCCUCUUUCAAGCACUUUCCAAAGCCUCUGGAACUCGCGCGCACGGACAAACACCGAGGUCUUCCGCAAGGUGUUUAACCCAGUCCCUGACGACUACGUCCGCAACUGGGAUGCGUACAAAGAGUUUUACGAGUAUAACUUCCGCAAAGCCGACGUGGAGGCAGAGGGGAAGCGGGUCACUCGACCUGGCAGAUACGAGUGGGGCCAUGUCGUUCGCGACAACUUUGCGCCUGGGCCAGAGGGUGCGCAGCAAGUCAAGGAGCUGCUGAGCCAGGUGAAGGGUACUCUCGUCGAGAUGCCGCUGAUGUUUUUGAUCGAGGAGGACAUUGCCAAGGAGGGAUUGACUCUGAAUGCCUUGACCGAGGAGGUCUACACAUAG